UUGCAACGACACAAACAGCCUCACUUUAAAAAGACUUGCAGAGAUAUCGGGACAGAUUUCUGACGAGAACAAUCUUCUCACUCCAGCCAACAGAGGGUGGAACUUGAUAUGAGAUUCGUUAACAAAACUAAGAUAUUGCCGUGAGAAACUUGUUUCUUUCUCAGAAAGGAAGGUGUGGUUACUUAAAUCUUGUCGUUAAAGAAAAAAACUGAGUUAUUUUUGUGUAUACACGUCAUGAGCAAGGGAAAGGAAGCAUCAAAAAAAACAAUUGACAUACUGUCCUUAGAUGGUGGAGGAAGUCGAGGUAUAUUGGAGCUGAAGAUAUUGGACGACGUUCUACGAUUGGCGACGAUUGUGUUAAGAAAUCCUGAUGAUGUGAGCUGCCUUGUAGACAAUGAUGAAAAGGAAGUAGAUUUCUUAAAAGAUAGUAACGUUAGAGAGUUUCUGAUUGACUUUAUGGAUGGAGUAGAGGAUCCCAUCCAUCCAACCGAUUUGUACGACAUGAUAGUUGGUACCAGUACAGGUGGUCUGAUUGCGUUUGGUUUGGUAGGUGGAAAUAAAAUUGAUGGAGACGACAGUAAAAGGGAACAAAUGAGCGUGGAUGAAUGCAUUGAGAUGUAUCGUAAAAAAAUUAAACAAAUUUUCAAGAAAUCGAGAAUGCAAAAGUUUCUUUCUCAUACCCCUAAGUUGCCGAACAUUCCUUUUAAAACAUACUCAAAAGCCAAAUUAGAGAAAGUACUAAAAGAUCAGUUUGGCGAUUGUAAACUUGAAGAUUUUAGAAAUAUCGACAAUUUAAAAUGUGUGGCCGGAGCUGUGGCUAAAAAACUUGGCAGCAAGCAAGAGCUGGUGUUGUUUGAUACAGCAAACGAAGACUACAAACUUUACCCAACCUACCAAGUCCUGCUCGCAACCUCAAAUGCUCCAAUUUACUUUGAUACUCCAGUCAGAAUUGGCGAUGAUGAAUUUGUAGACGGAGGCGUUGGUGGCAAUUGUCCAUUGGCACAAGCAAUCCCCCAAGCAAUGAAACUAUUUGGAAAAGAUGGUGAACACGUAAGAAUAGCCUCUGCUUUAUCCAUUGCACCCCCGUCUUUGAAAUUGAAAACACCGCAUAGCUUGUCGACUUGGUUGCGUUAUUUUGUCAACGAAGUAACUGAUGGAAACGCUGUAUACAGAAAUGUUGUGGAGAGAAAUGAACAAACUUUGUUUCAGAGGCUGUCGCCACGUGGUGAAAGCUUGAAAAAAUUCAAGCUUGAUGAAAGCAAUGCUGAAAGGAUGCUGGAUGCCAUGCAAAAAGUAAAGAAUGAUGAAGCAAUGUAUAUAGUUGACGUUGUCGCCUCUGCGAUGUUUGUCGUUCUCACGUCCAUCAAUAAAGGACAAGAACAUGAAGAAAACUCUCUCACAGUUGCAGCACAGCUCGCUAAAGCUGCAGCACAUGCAUACCGAUGCAGCGAAGAGUACGAGUCAGCAAUUUCUUCGUACCAAACAUGCAAAAGUAUGCUAAGAGAAAAAAGCAGCGAUUUCAUUAUGAUAAAGAUUUCAUAUCAUAUCGCAACAUGCCAAAAAGAACUUGGAAACUUUCAAUUGGCAAUAAAGUUAUUUGAAUCCAACGAGAAUAAACUUUUUGACUAUCUAGGUGAGCCAAGUGUUGACCUUUUUUUUGAUAAUUUCAUGCAAAAAGUAUGCUGUUACACCAGUACAUUUUAUUUUAAAAAUGCAGAAAAGCAUUUAAUUGAUAUCUUGUACAAAUACAGCGAUGAUAACGAGAAGCAACUACUUGUCCAUAUCAAAGUAGCGUGGUGCAGACAACGACUUGGAAAACUUAAUGAAGCUUUGAAUACUUACAGAGAAGCAGCCAACUUCGUCGCUGACAACGACGUUCUUAACAUGGCAGAAAUCUUGAAUGGCGUGGGUUUAUGUUUUCUAUAUCUUGGAUUGGUUACUGAAGCCUACCAGUUAUUGUGCAAAGCUAGAGAAUUGAGAAUGAAUUUAAGUGUAGGGGACAAUUUAAGUCAAAACAAAAAAGAUCGCCUUAUAGCCGAGUCCCUUCACAAUGUUGGACUUUCUUUGAUAGAGAAGAAAGACUACAUACAAGCAAUCAGUUUAUUGAAUAAGGCAAAACAAAAAUUCAAUGAAACCAAUGACGAACUCAACAUGGCCAUGGUCUUGUCAAAUCUAGCAAAAUGCAUGUCGUUAAUAAAGAACCCAGAGCAUAGCGAUGCCUUGGCUUAUGCCCAACAAGCUUUGGCAAAACUGAAAAAAAUUGUCCAUUUUGAGCAAAAUCCUGGAAUUGCAAGAGCCUUCCUACAUCUUAGCGUGUGUCUUUCAAUAAAUAAAAAAUUUAAAGAUGCAAAGGAAAGCCUUUUAAAAGCUUUAGAUAUCAUAAAUCUUUUUUUGUCAGAUAAUCAUCCUUGGUUAUUAGACGUAUACGAGCAGCAGCGAACUGUGUAG